AUGUCUCUCUCACGCCCCUCACCCACCCACCGCCAAGUCUACCGCCGCGACGCCUCCGCACCCAACACCCUCACCCUCACCACCGAACCCCUCCCCGGCCUCGGAGCCACCGAACUCCCCCCGCACUCCCUCCUCAUCCGUCUGCACGCCAUCGCCCUCAACUACCGCGACAUCAACAUCCUGCGCGGCACGAACCCCUGGGCCACCCUCGCGACCGGCAUCCCGUGCUCCGACGCCGCCGGCACCGUCAUCGCCGCCGGUUCGGGCGUCACGCGCUUCAGCGUCGGCGACCGCGUGUCCCCGAUCCUGGACCAGGCGAGCGUGACGGGGCGCGAGCAGUCGCGGGAGUGGCUAGGCGGGGAGGUCGACGGGGUGCUCGCGACGCACGUCGUGUUCGACGAGGAGAAGGUGGUUAGGAUCCCGGAGGGGUUGACGUUCGCGGAAGCGAGCGUGCUGCCGUGUGCAGGCGUGACGGCGUGGAGUGCGUUGGCGGUGGGGGGCGAGGUGGGGAGUGGGAAGGUGGUUUUGGUGCAGGGUACUGGCGGUGUUAGUCUCUUGGUGCUGAAGCUUGCGUUGGCUGCUGGGUGCAGGGUUAUUGUUACGUCGAGCUCGGAUGAGAAGUUGGAGAAGGUGAGGCGCAUUGCGGGGAGGUAUGCGGAUUUGGUGGAGACGAUCAAUUACAAGACUAAUCCGAAGUGGGAAGAGGAAGCCGUGAGGUUGAAUGGGGGGAAGGGGGUUGAUAUUGUGAUUGAGAAUGGCGGGACGAGCUCGCUGCUGCAGAGUAUUGCUGCGACGGCGAAAAGGGGUAUCGUGAGCCAGGUUGGGUAUUUGGGGAAGCAGGACGCGAAAGAUCUGGAGGGGCUGAUAUCAGCGUUGAUUGAUAAGACUGUCACGCUUCGAGGAAUCAAUGUCGGCUCUCGCCUGGAGUUUGAGGCUUUGAAUCAGAUCGUGAGUGCGAGCCGGAUGCGUUUCGAAGAUCUCAUUGAUAAGACGUUCGCAUUUGAAGAGGCUGAGGAAGCUUUCGGGUACCUGAAAUCGCAGAAGCAUGUUGGGAAAGUGGUCAUUGAGAUCCGCUUGGAAGUAGUCGAACAAACCUAAGGGCUAAUGCCUUCGAGACGUAGGUGCUAUAUCUGAACAGUCGUUGCAGAAAGCUUGUGCUUUCACAGAAUGCGAAAUACCGUCUGGAACACGAAUCGGAGGGAUCGGUAUAAACACGAAUCAAUAACCAGACCUACUCUUCCAAAGGUCUCAAUGAUAAAGAUGCGGCACCUUCGGCACCCAAUAUCGCUCCGGAAUCCUAACGUAAAGUUGAAGUCAAAGCAAUCAAGAACACCCGGGCUUCGUCACCCGCAGACAUCAUACCUCGACUUUAAGAGAAGAAAGCUAAAUACCCC